AUGCGGUUUGUACGCCAUUUUAGCCGUAGCCAGGCGCUAUUUAAAGACAGCAAAAAAGAUGCCUUGCGUUCCUUGGGCGAUAGUCUACUGAAAGGUCAAGUCAAAAAUGAAUGGAAAGAAUCUCCGAGCGAAAUUCAACUCGUUUACGAUAGUGUGUCGCACAUGACUUCGGAAGAUGUCCAAAUACAGCACAAUUUGGAUCAAGGAGGGCAGUUUCAAACGUUCGAAAGUGACCAUUACCUCGAUAGAAAACGGCUUUUGCGGGAAAUUCCGGACGAAAUUGAUAUUUUUACUGCUUCUGACGAAGUGAUAAAGAAGACAUACCACAGCCUCGAAAUGCUAGACAAGGAUAAAUCGGUCCAGUUCAAGUACUACAAGCGAUAUAUCAAGCGGUAUGACGACCCGGUGACUCAUUUGAUACAACAGUUUAACGGAAUCGACUCCAAAUUCAAGAUGCUCAGACGACGAGAAAUCGACAAUCUUUCCCUUUCGCCAGGAUCAUUUUAUUACCGGGAAAACCUCCUCAAAAACCCAUACAACGUCGUAGGGUUUGACCGCAGUAUCUCGGGGCUACCCUUGCGGUCCGGAAAGAACCAGCUUGAGCAGUCCUAUCCUCAGGAAUUUAUCGAGGACUUGCAAAUGUACCGCAAAAAAAUUCCGGUUCAAAAGCGUGAUUUGGACUUUAUUGAGCCUGAAGAAGCACCCCAUAACGUAGACCCUUCGAGAUUGGCUCGUCCUAACAUCUCGGAAAUGGAUAACAUUCUUGACGAUAUCAAUCAUGAAUUAACAACCACCAGAAAUACCUUUUCCAUUCGUUCCAUCGGUGAUUACCAGCCCAUACCUAUCAAAACCUCACUCCAGGUGAAGAUAGAACUGGAAAUCUUGGAUAUGAAGCUGCAGCUUCAGCAGGAAAUCGAAACGGCCAUGACCGCCAAAGGGUCCCGUCUUCUCAUGUUCAACCAGGACGACAUUCGAACCAAUUUUUACAAGUUUUGCGAAGCGAAAUCAUUCAAACCAGCAUCAGGAUCUAAUAUUGUCAUUGUAAACUACAAUAUUCGUGAACUUAGCAUUCUUCCGCCGUUUUAUUUCACCAUGAACUCGCGGAAGCAACAGCGUGGGGUACACAAACAUCUCAUGAAAUUAUUCAUUAUCAACUUGGAAGACCAAAUCGACACCCUGAUGCGGAUCAAGUAUCAAAGUGAUGCAGAGAUUACCAAAUUCAUGAAGAAACUUGCAAAUAAUAUUCGCAAAGUGAUCUCCACCAAACUCAUGGAUGUGUUUGAGAAGAAAAGUUUGGACGUUGAUGCCGUGGUUUACAAACCAUUAAUGGAUAAGCCAUUUAAGAGAAUACUCUGGAGCAACAACGAGGUACGAAAGAUGGUCAAUACCAAACAAAAGAGUAACUACAAGUUGAUACUCGGAACAUUGGAGACGUGA